AUGACUUUCCUAAAAAUUCCUAAUAAUGGAAUGAUGGACAUCAAUAAGUCCUUUAAAUCUUCCGAUAUAUUUAAUCCUGAAAAUUCACGAAAUUCUUCUUCGACUUUUUAUUCAGAGAGUCCUAUCAUUUCCGUAGGUCCUUAUGGAACUUUUCAUGAUUAUGGUUCCUUCGUAGAAUGCUUUUGCGAUCAAUGUAAUGGUUGUCGUGUUCCGCUUUACACUUGUAAAGGCGAAAAUUGUAAAAUUAAAUGUCCACCUCAUACUAGAAAAUGUUCUGAAUGUGCCGAUCACAAUUAUUUGGCUAAGCAUAGAAUUAAUCGAAAGUAUUACACUAGUCGGAAAUCCCGUUUAAAUUCGGAGAAUUCUAUUUCUUUCAAAGGGUCUUUAAUAAAUAAAUCAACUGAUUCCAUAAAUGAUGUGAAUUUGUCAGAAAUUCCUGAUCAGUAA